AUGUCUAACCCACUCUCCCACGCAAAGAUUGUCCUCCGCCGCUCCAGCGAGCGCGGAUACGCCGAACACGGCGGUUGGCUCAAAUCCUUCCACACAUUCAGCUUCGCCGGCUACUAUGAUCACCGAUUCAUGAACUUUGGCUCUUUACGCGUUCUUAACGAGGAUCGCGUUGCUGCUCGAAAUGGCUUUCCGACUCAUCCCCACCGCGAUGCAGAGAUCUUCAGUUACAUUCUCAAUGGAGAGCUCACGCACCGGGACAGUAUGAUUAAGAAGGGUGCUGAGGGCGAGCAGGGAAAAUCAUUUUAUAGAAUGCAUCGCGGAGAUGUGCAAUUUACCACUGGUGGAACUGGAAUCGCGCACUCAGAACAAAAUGAGUCUAAUAAACCUGUUCACUUCCUUCAGAUCUGGGCUCUUCCCUGGAAGAAUGGUCUGAAGCCUCAAUACCAUACUAUGUCCUUCAGUGAAGAGGCAAAGAAAAAGGCCUUCGUGCCUAUCUUGUCACCCCUCGCAGCAGGCCCUGAGGCUACACCUGCUGAGGAAGAUGCUGCUGUUCCCAAGAUCCCGGAUACCAUUCCUAUCCAUGCCGACUUUGUUAUGGGAGCGGGUAUUAUUGCGCCUUCAACGACAUUCAAGUGGAAUGUUGGCGCUGGCGAGAUCGUGCAAUCUAAGAGGAAGCGCAAUGUCUACAUCCAUGUGCCCAUGACGAAACAGGGCAAGGCGAAGGUUAAGCUGGAUGGUCGCGAUGAUGCUAUACUGGAGGAGGGAGACGGUGCUUAUGUAUCGCUCGUCAAUGCUGGUGAUUGGAUCCAAGUCGAGAGUAUUGGAGAGGCGGAUGCGGAGGUGAUUGUACUUGAUAGUAACUAG